ACAUGACCGACGAUCACUUUAGGCCAUAUUUGACAGUGGGCUGAUUACUUUGUGCUGUGAAGUGUAGUGUAGAAUAGUUCUGCAGAGUCCUCCGAGCCUGUAAAUACUCGCUAAAAAGUGAAAAUGACAGAAGAAAAUCCAAUGUACGCACCCUUCUUUGGAGUUAUGGGGGCUGCCUCAGCAAUUAUUUUCAGUUCGCUGGGGGCGGCGUACGGCACAGCCAAGUCCGGCACCGGUAUCGCAGCCAUGUCGGUGAUGCGGCCGGAGCUGAUCAUGAAAUCCAUCAUCCCCGUCGUCAUGGCGGGUAUCAUCGCCAUCUACGGCCUGGUGGUGGCCGUCCUGGUGGCCGGUGCUCUGGAGCUGCCCUCCGCUGGCUACACCUUAUACAAGGGAUUUCUACACCUGGGGGCUGGGUUAGCUGUAGGGUUCAGUGGGCUGGCGGCAGGCUUUGCCAUCGGCAUCGUGGGAGACGCCGGCGUGCGAGGGACUGCUCAACAGCCUCGCCUGUUCGUCGGUAUGAUCCUCAUCCUUAUCUUCGCUGAGGUGUUGGGUCUGUACGGUCUGAUCGUAGCCAUCUACCUCUACACAAAGCAAUAAGCCUGUGGCCGUCGUCUCAUCAUCCCCACUACCAUCUGAAUUUCAUUGUUUUGAUCGUAGGCAAUUUAGAAAGAAAUUGUACAACCUGGAAGCAACAAAAAAUGUUGGAGGACUUGUUUUUUGAAAUGGUGAUUUCACAUCAUCAGAUGACUUGCACAAUAAUUUAUUUUAAAUUAGUUUUUAACUUUAUUUCAUUAAUUUUUUUCAGAUUCCGGAUCAGUUCUUUUAAAACGUUACUUUCAUUGUUAAGGAACUUAGAACUAAAGUUGAUAACCCAUAUCGAUAUUAUUUCAGUGUGAGUACAUAUUGCUAUUUUUGUAAAUAUAGUGGAGAUAUCCUCAGUAGACAAGCAGUGCUAUGACCCGUGGUAGCUUUAAGCUUGUGUAAAUUAAUCUGAGCCGAGUUACAAAAAUGUAUUUUUAUGUUGUACGUACAAUUUAAAGCUGUAACGAUCAUAACCUUCUUAGUGUAAUGUAGGAAAAUUCAUAUAGCAUUUGAAGUGUAAAAAUCCUGAAGUAUUUGUUAAGUGGAUAAUUUAUGUAAACCAAAUGAAGGACAGACGGACCGGAGCUGUACUUCGAAAAAGACUCUGUAGAAUUAGUGAUGAUCGGUUCUGCGGAUUGUGGCAAGUUUCGGGAGCAGAUUAUAAGGUUAGAAGCUUAGAGUGUUUGUAAGCUAUGAAUAAUUUGUACAUUCCAUAUUGUGUAAAAACCCUAAUAAAGAAUUAUUGUUACGGCCUUGUGUGUUUGGCCUACUGUUGGAGUGUUUCUGUUCACCUUCACUGUAUUGUAUACCGUAGCAUUGUUGUACUGUGCGUAGCGUGGUGACGUGUUGGGUGGUGUGCGCACCUAGUGUGCGAUGACAGCUCCUUGCACGCCAUCACUUCAGUUCACUGCCAUCUAGUCAUGGCCCCGCGGUGACUCAAACUUAGCAACAGUCAUGUCAAAUAAAUUCAACAUUAAAUUAGGUCAUUUUGUGAUUUAUUAUUUUAUUUUUGUAGUAUGUUAUAUAUAGUUGCCUGUUAUUCUUUCUAUGCUGUAUGCAGUAGGCAUGUCAGUCCUGUUAUAUUUGGUGUAUGAAUGGAUCAAAUGUAAUAAUAUUAUGAAAACAAAACUGUUAGUAUUAUUCUUCCUGGUCUUGUCUCUGAAAAGUGUUUAGAGCUUCUUCCCCUCUCAACGGCCGUCUUGAUGUUUUUAAUGAGUUUUUUAUCCGUUUUUUGGUAUGUUACUUAACUGUCCUGCUUUUUCUUAGAAUUCAUUGUUAUUGUAUUUGGUUUAAAGGUUUAAUAAAAAGCUAUCUGUUUUUA